ACGUGUUGGAGCUAGUUUUGGACGCUAUUUAAUUACAAAUAAUGUUUAAUAGUGUAUGUGGUGCAUAAACGUGUUCGAUAAUGGAUGACGGCACAGUUAGAAUUCGCUCCGGUAUCAACAUCAACAUUAAAAGAACAGAUGGUCGGGUCCAUUCUGCGAUCGUGGCCUCAGUUAACUUGGAGACGCGCUCAGUUGCUGUGGAAUGGUUCGAGCGCGGCGAGACCAAGGGCAAGGAGAUCGAGAUAGAUGCCAUCCUAGCGCUGAACCCUGAACUGGCGAGUGGGCCGCGGCACCACACUCCGCACCUGCAGCCGAUGCCCAACAAACUAGCCAGGGAUCCGUCGGGCUCCUCUUCGGACGACGGCGGGUUCCUGCAGGAGGGCGGCGAGGGCGAGGCGGGAGACUCCGGCCACACGCUGCCCGUGCGCAACUCACGAUCGGAUAUGACGCGGCAGUCCAUACCCGUUGCGACCAAAGCGCCCGUGACCAGGGUGACGCGGAACAAUCAGAUGCGGGUGUCGAAUGUGGGCGGCGCCUACACAAACGGUCACGGCGGCGACACGACGGGGCGGCGCGGCGUCGAGAAUGUACCCCCGGCACAGCUGCCGCCACAGCAGCCGCCGCCCAGUUCCAGAAUCACACAGCAGCCUCCUUCAUCGGGCGGUCGAAUGCGCGCCGGUAGUACUCCGAGUGCAGCAGUAGUGUCUCAACCGCCUCAACUGCCGUAUUUACUGUCUCAACGACGUACUCAAAAUUUGAAGGAGUUUUCAGGUUCGGGUAUUUCCAGUAGGGCGGCCGGCGUCGCGUCCACCGCGUCCGUGCCCGCCGGCGCCACCUCCGCCGUCACGUCCGCCGUCACAUCCGGCGUCACGUCCGGCGUCACGUCCGGCGCGGUGCGGCGCUCCAACGUCGUCAAGGAGGUCGAGCGGCUCAAGGAGAACAGGGAGAAGAGAAGGCAGAGGCAAGCGGAACUUAAGGAAGAAAAGGAAGCCCUCAUGAACCUGGACCCUGGCAACCCGAACUGGGAGUUCCUGGCGAUGAUCCGGGAGUACCAGAACAGCAUCGAGUUCAGGCCGCUCACCGGCACCGAGCCCGUCGAGGACCACCAGAUCACGGUCUGCGUGCGGAAGAGGCCGCUCAACAAGAAGGAGCUUAAUAAGAAAGAGGUGGACGUGAUCAGCGUCCCCACCAAGGACCAGAUGAUAGUCCACGAGCCCAAGAACAAAGUGGACCUCACGAAGUAUUUAGAAAAUCAAAAGUUUCGAUUUGACUACGCGUUCGACGACUCCUGCACUAACGAAAUUGUUUACAAGUACACGGCCAAGCCGCUGGUGGCGACCAUCUUCGAGGGCGGCAUGGCCACCUGCUUCGCGUACGGACAGACCGGCUCCGGCAAGACGCACACCAUGGGCGGAGACUUCCAGGGCAAGACCCAGGACUGCAAGAAGGGCAUAUACGCCAUGGCGGCGCGCGACGUGUUCACCUACCUGCGCGCCCCCAAGUACAAGCCGCUCAACCUCAUCGUGUCCGCCUCCUUCUUCGAGAUCUACUCCGGGAAGGUGUUCGACCUGCUAGCGGACAAGGCCAAGCUGAGGGUGUUGGAGGACGGCAAGCAGCAAGUGCAGAUCGUGGGCCUCACCGAGAAGGUGGUGGACAACGUCGACGAGGUGCUCAAGCUCAUCCAGCACGGCAACGCCGCCCGGACCUCCGGCCAGACGUCGGCCAACUCCAACUCGUCGCGCUCGCACGCCGUGUUCCAGAUCGUGGUGCGGUCCCCGGGCAUGCACCGCGUGCACGGGAAGUUCUCGCUCAUCGACCUGGCGGGCAACGAGCGCGGCGCCGACACCUCCUCCGCCAACCGACAGACCAGAAUGGAAAGCGCGGAGAUCAACAAGUCCCUCCUGGCACUGAAGGAGUGCAUCCGCGCGCUGGGCAUGAAGGGCAACAACCACCUGCCCUUCCGCGUGUCCAAGCUCACGCAGGUCCUGCGAGACAGCUUCAUCGGGGACAAGUCUCGCACCUGCAUGAUCGCCAUGAUCUCGCCGGCCAUGGCCUCCUGCGAGCACAGCCUCAACACGCUCCGAUACGCCGACAGGGUGAAGGAGCUCGGCACCAUGGACCCGUCCCGGCGCGGCGAGUCUCCGCCGCCCGACGUGGACAUGCCGCCCGCGCGGGACGACCUGGCGCACCUGCGCUCCCUCAACGAGGGCGACAUGUCGGCCGAGAUGUACACCUUCCACGAAGCCAUCGACGAGCUGCAGCGCGCGGAGGAGGAGGUCCUGGACAACCACAAGGCCGUGUCCGACUACAUGCACCACGCGCUGCUCCGCGCCAACCAUCUGCUCGCCAUCACCAGGGACGUGGACUACGACCAGGACGCGUACGCGACGCAGUGGGAGGAGCUGCUGAACGAGCAGCUGGCCGUGCUGGCGCAGUCCCGCGACCUGGUGGCAGAGUUCCGCACCAAGCUCACGCGCGAGGAGCACAUCUCGCGCCGCAUACACAACUAGCGGGCGCCGCCACCACUAGCCGCUCUGUAAUAUAUUAUGUACCGGCGACGAUCUUGUCUCGCAGUAUCGACUGUGGGUGACUAUUCAGACGAUUAAUCGAUUUUGACAACUUAAAAGUUUGUUGCGUCGGUCAUCAGUACCGGCGCAGCCUUAAACCACAGAAUUGAAAUUGAAUCUAAUUGUAAUACGUAUGUUUGGGCAGUACCGUUGUCAUCUGUCACGUUUAUCGAUAUUUUAUAUCGAAUAUUGACGUAUGAAGCUAUCGGUAAUUAAGUACAUAUUUUACUAAUGAAAACAUUUAACGUGAAAAUGUCCGGUGCUCAACAACACGAGGUCAGAGACUUUGUCGAGAACACGCGAGGGCGCCGCGACCGAUGCGAGCUCCAACUCAUUAUUUAGAUGAACGAUGAGCAGCUUCCGCGCUUCGAGGAACAAAAACCGUCUCGCAUCUGGACCUUAUGUAUAUUUAGAGUGUGAGGGCACUGCGGGGUCGGUGACCGCAGGCAUUGUGUAGUGCAGCAACGUGCGUAUUGAGUCGAAUGUAAAUGAACCGACCGCACGCGCCUUGGAGCUCCGGUCGGGUUGUAAGGUUUGAGCCAAAAGAUAGAGUUUGAGGUAAAUUUUCGUCUCUCAUAUAUCGACGAUUAAAUUAAGAGAUACUCACAUUCCAUGUCGAUUCGAUAACUCGGAGACGCGCGUCCAUUAACGUGGAAGUUAUUGAAAUCUUCCGGCCAUAUUUGUAAUUAAUACGAGUAAAUUUUUCAAAGAGGAAGUAAUCUAUAUCGUAGUGAAAUUGUACCGUUGGAAUAGUUUUUGUGGAAGCAAACUCUCGCUCAAAUACCAUUUCGUUUCCCGCCUUGUUUUCUACAGAGAGAAAGGUAGAUAUGCCACGGUACAUAUUCUUUGCAUGUUUUUUUUUGUGUUGAUUUAGACGUACAUGGAAUAAAAAUAUAGUUUUAUGCUGAACGGAAUCCAAGGUCAGAUAAGUUAAUUUUGACGUAAAAUAAUGCUAUGUCAAUCAUAGAAAGAGAUGACACGAGAACAAUGCGGAUCGUUGUCUUUCUCUGGCUGCAGACUGGGCGGUCACACGAACACUCAUAGAAAUAAAUGUCUAUACACAGAUUCACAUAAUUUGCUAAUCAUUUGCAUCAUUGUCAUAAAAAAAAUCGUAAAAUUGUUCAUUAAUAUUAUUCUUCCCUUACACACUAUGAUAUUAAUUAAUAAAAAUAGUAAAAACGACUCAAAAAGACUAUGUUUAUGUAACUAUAAGUUUUUUCAAGUCAAUAUUUUUAAUUUUUUUUCUCUUUAUUUUUUUUUUGUAUUGUGUUGUGAUAUAUUUUGUUAGCGAACGAGAAUAAUGACGCUUGUAGCGAUCGCUGUGGGCUCGUGCCGCGCCCGGGCGGCGCCAGCUCGUGUCGCGCCCGGGCGGCGCCAGCUCGUGCCGCGCCCGGGCGGCGCCAGCUCGCUGCCUCAGCUUGCGAUUAAAUACUUACUAUUAAUAUAAUUUUCUAAUUUAUUUUCAGUUCAACUUUUUAUUCAGCUAUUAAAUGUUGUCAUUGCCGUGUAAUAGUUUUUGUUAACUUAUGAUUAAUAUCAGGGGCGAAAUGCUCGGAGGUACGCCAUACUUGCUGUAAACUAUCAUUUAAUAUUCCAUUUUACAAAUUUAAUCGUAAUAAUUCGAUGUUUGAUGUCAAAAAACACAAAUUGUCUGGUAAUGGAAUAUAGAAUGGUAGUUGUCAAAAAAAAACGCGCGAAAUUCCUAUGUAACCUUAACAAAGUUAAUUUAAAAAUGUUUACGUGAAUAAUAUUUUUUGUAAAAUAAAAAUUAACUUGACAAAA